GCUCCGCUGAAUCCGCCUGCGCGUCGCCACCGUCGCUGCCGGCCCCCGUCCCGGCCCCCCCUCCCUGGGUUCCCUCAUCCCAGUCCGGUCCAACCCGGAUCCCGGAUCCCGGGAGGAUGAAGUUCGUGUAUAAAGAGGAGCAUCCGUUCGAGAAGCGCCGCUCUGAGGGCGAGAAGAUCCGAAAGAAAUACCCGGACCGGGUCCCGGUGAUAGUAGAAAAGGCUCCCAAAGCUCGGAUAGGAGACCUGGACAAAAAGAAAUACCUGGUGCCUUCUGAUCUCACAGUUGGUCAGUUCUAUUUCUUGAUCCGGAAGCGAAUUCAUCUCCGUGCUGAGGAUGCCUUGUUUUUCUUCGUCAACAAUGUCAUUCCACCCACCAGUGCCACCAUGGGUCAGCUGUAUCAGGAACACCAUGAGGAAGACUUCUUUCUAUACAUUGCCUACAGUGAUGAAAGCGUCUAUGGCCUGUGAAGCUGCUGCGCCUGUGGUGGGGGGUCCCAUUCUACAAAGAGAGAGGUGGCCCCCCCUUCCUUGACCUCCCUUCAGGACCUGCAUUUCCUAAUAUUGGGGGCUCUUCUCCAGAUCCUCUUAACAGGAGAGUUAAUGGGGGAGAUGGUCUCUAGUACCUCUCCUUUCUCCAUUUUUCCCCCUUCUCUGCCAUCUUUCCCACUCUGCUUUAGACUUCUUGAUUGUUGAUCUCUGUCACAUCCAGUGAUUGUUUUGGUUUCUGUUCCCUUUCUAACUGCCCAAGGGGCUCAGAACCCCAACAGUCUUUUCCUUUCACUACCUUUUUUGGGGGUAGGUGGAAGGGACUGAAAUUGUGGGGGGAAGGUAGGAGGCACAUCAAUAAAGAGGAAACCAUCAAGCUGAA